AGCAGGGGGCGGGCUCUGAGGGACGGUUAGGAAACCAAGGGAACGGAAUGCCAUGAAGGAGGCAGGAGCGCCGAUAGACCGGAGGUUCCUGCAGCAGAGAUAAAUUCAAAUCCAACGAUGAUUGAUUCUGUGAAAAUACGCCGCCAAGGGGCCAUGGACUUCCGAUCCCAUUACGACUACUUGUGUGUCUUACAAGACUCUGUUCCAUUACAAGCUGUGAAAGCCAAUCUCCGACAAGGCUCCCUUAGCUUUAAUGCAGAUAAAGUAAAAUUAUCUGAUUGGCCGCCCAUUCUUAAUACGCUGAAAAUUAACAAAAGCUUGACAUGUGUGGCUAUUAAAAGCUGUCAUCAGCCCGGACUUGGGGAAUCAGCAGAUUCUGAGAAAUAUGGAGUCCACUUUCGUAGACGAAUCCCACCUAUUCGGUCCAAGGACAUGACCCUCCAACUGUGUAGGGCAAUUGCAGCCUGCUUGACUGUGUCCAGUUCUUUAAGAGAGCUGGAGCUCCAUGGACUUCCUUUAAGGGAAAGAGAUUUAAAAACUUUAGCAAAGGGACUAGAUUCCUCGUCAUCCUUGGAGCGCUUAGCUUUACCAUAUUGUUCAUGUGGGGAUGAAGGCCUGAAAAUAAUUUGCAAAAGCGUGAAGAAUUCACCAACAAUCAAAGUUCUAGAUUUUACCGGGUGUAAUCUGACAUGGCAUGGAGCUGAAUGGAUAGCACAUGUUGUAAAGCAUCAGGCAACUAAAAGGCACAGUGAGGCUUGGGCGGAAAGCUUAAGAUAUAGACGACCUGACCUUGACUGUAUGACGGGGUUGAGACGAAUCUCCUUGAAUUGUAAUACACUGGUGGGAGACCAAGGAGCAAAAGCAAUAGCAGAUGUUCUUGUGGAGGACCUGUGGUUAAAAGCAUUAGAUAUGCGACAGUGUGGAAUAUCCAAUGAUGGUGCGAAAGCUUUCCUUCACGCACUGCAAACUAAUACAACUCUGAUGGUCUUGGAUAUAAGGAAAAAUCCACUUAUAGACCAUUCAAUGCUAAAGACUGUUCUUGAAAGAGUACUUUUGAAUGCCCAUGACACACAUUCUGAGUACAAAUGGUUUACCUCACCAUCGUCAAAGAUGAAACGGUCAACAGCAUUACGAAAUGGACUGAAGGGAAAGAACACUAUUCGCAUUGGUUUGGCAACUAAGAAGACAUUUGUUUCUAAAAGAAAAUGUACACCUAAGGAACUCUAUGCCCCUGAACCAAAGACGCCAGGAGAGAAAGAUUUCCUCCCAUGGAGAACUGCAGAGAGAGCCAACAGACACAGUGAAAUUUUGGUAGUCUCUACUCCUGAGCAGAAAGGAACCCCAUUAAAUGUCUUGAUGCACAGUGGGAUCUCUACAGACAGUGAUGAUUCCGAGAGUUCGUCAGACCUCAUUAUUGAAGAACCUGUUGUGUGUGGCCUUCACAUGAAAAGCAGCACAACGGACUACAAGCGCCUGCAGGUUGCAUUUCAGGAAUGCCAGCUGAGGUUGGAGGAGGAAAGAAAAACAAGAUUAAGAGCUGAUGACAGGAUAAUGGAGCUGGAAGUUGAAAAUGCUCGAUUACGACAAAUAAAUCAAACUCUCUCUGAGGCCCUUGAAGCACGCAAUGUAACUUCCGUACUCCUUGAGGAUGAUGGUGUUCUUGACAGCAUAGAAAAAUCAUUUAAUAAAUUCCAUGCUUUCCUGGAUCUUUUAAAAGAUGCUGGGUUGGGACAGCUUGCAAGUUUGGCUGGCAUUGAUCAGUCAGACUUUGCCAUACCCGGAGAGCCUCAAUUGUCUUCUACAAUUGAAAGAACUCGACAACCUUCAUCUGAGAUAUUCCAUAACCUACAAAGAACCUACUUGGUUGACCAGGUUGACAUUAGCGAUAAUAAAAUUGCUCCUGCAGAUUCAUUUACAGCGGAUGCAACAACUAACCCUCCACCUUGUGCACCUGAUGAAAUUCAUGCCAACAGUAAGAAGAGCAAAGGAGAAGUGGGCCUUGAUCUUUCUAUAAAGGAUGUAGAGGCAUGCAGGAACAGCAGGGUUGCUGCUGAACAGCAAAAUACCAAAGAUGCAGACGUUUUGAAAAAAUCUAUCCUGUCUGACAGUAAAAGGGCCGAUAGUGAAUGCUCAGCAUCAGAUUCUAGCAGAAGUAGAAAAAGUCAUGCCAGUAGUAGUUCUAAGGAAUCCGCCAGCAGUAAGCAUCGAAAACAGUCUUCAAAAAGGCGCAACAAGCAGAGCUCAUCCCCAUGACUUAGGAAAUCAAAAUACUUACAAAACUUCAAUUUUUUUCUGAUACCAGUGUAGAAUCAGAGAUCCCAGAUAACCUUGAGUCGGUAGGGGGUAAACACAGGGGGUCAAAUUAGUGAGCUGAGGUCUAACAAGAUGUUAUGCCAAAAAUCUGGAAAUAUAAAGUGACGCAAAUUGCAUAAACUAAGCUACAUAAUAUAAUCGAAAUUUCUGCUUUUAGCAGCAGAAAAGUUUUAGGAAUACACUACAAUCAUGUAGGGAAACUAAAAUUCCCAACUUCUGCCCCUCAAACCUAUUGGUAAGUAUAAUUUUGCUAUAUUCUGCAAAUCGUAAUAUUAAGAGGAAAAAUGAAAGAGUCCAGCAUACAUUACACUAUGAAGGACAGUUCUUAUGUUAUAAAACACAUAAGCGUCAUUUGGCAUCAGCAACCGCAUGUAACAAGUUUAUUUGUGCCUGAAUAAAGCUAUGAAAGAAUUUAACGUAUGCUGGACCCUUUUAUUUGUCCACUGCUGGACACAAUGGAGGCCCUUGCCUCCUUGAUCAUUGGAGCAGGAUACAGGAGGCCUGUCAACAGUUUUUGCAAUAGUAGUGUUUACAAUAAAAACAUACACUACCAGAAAAUAGGUAAAGACCACCUGGAAAAUGUAAUGCAUUGGAGUUGAGAUUGACAAAAUCUGCAGGUGAUGCUUGGUCAAUAUUCAAACAGCCAAGGUGGUGCACCCUUUUGCUUUCUGCAGCAGGGCAUAUAUCUGGGCAGAGUACACUACUUUAAACUUGGACCCAUAUUUUAGCCAGGAUGGUUGUUGGCAGCUGUGCAUGCUGGAGAGGUCUUGUGAUCAAGCUGACCAAGGGAGCUGUUGGAUACCCCGAAGAGCAUGUUGUUUAGUGCGAGCAUUGUCUAGUUUGAAGACCACCUAACUCAGUCUACAAAGGCGAUAGGACUGCUUACACAAUGUCCUGGACAUACCAAAGGCUGCUCAAUGUUCCCUCCACAAAUACUAUACUGCAAUAGCAAUGAUAGCUAAUGGCACCCCACACCAUACCUGUUUUUUGUGCUGUGUGUCUCUGCACUAUGCAUGAGGGCAGUAGAAGCUGUGAUAUGUACUCGGUAUGUCUAGGACAUCGUGGAACUAGUCCCACUGCCUUUUUUUGACUUAGGAUACAUGGUAUUCCAACGCCAUAACACACACUGUCUGCACUAUACAACAUGCUCUGCAGGGUAUCCAGCAGCCCCUCUGGCCAGUUGAUCACCAGACCACCUUCCAUCGAUCUGGGACUGGAUGAGGUGACAGAUCUCCCAUGCACAGCAGCCAUCAACUACCUUGGCUAAACUACAGUUCCAAGUUAUAAAAGCCUGGAUUUACACACCACAGGAGGAUAUCCAGCACCUGUAUGACUGUUACCAUGCUAGUGUGGCAGCCUAUAUCGCAGCAUGAGGAGAUGCCACCCUGUAUUAAUAUGAACGUGCCUCACCAUAUACCCUGUUGCAGAACCCAAAAAAAGGGUGCACCGCCUACACUUUCUUAAUCUGAGCUCAAUUGCAUUACAUUUUCCAGUUCUUUUUUUCAUUUUAUGCUACUGUACUAGGAAAACCGAACCAAAUGUAAAAAUAAAAUGCAAAUAGAAAUAAACUUUUAUAAGGUGCUGUGAAUAUAUAAAAAUUCUUUUAAAUUCAAUUUGUUGGGUACAUUUUGUGUUCUUUUUUAACUUAUGAAAUGUUUAAUGCAAUAUGUUUCUAAGUUGUCAACUUCAAUAAAACAGUUUUUAUAGUU